GUGUCGGCUCGUGUUCGCAGUGAAGUCGCCCCGACGGGAGACGGGGACCGCGCGGUGUAGCCCCAGGGGUCGGCCCGUGGACCGACCGGCGCCGCUCGCCGCGGGGGUUCGGUGUGGGUGUGAGCGUGACUCCUCAGGGACGACAGUGCAGCCCGUGGCGCCCGACAGUCGCCCGAGGACAGAGCAUAGGUCGGCCGCAGAGGGAGUGACGGGGACGGGACAGAGGGAGGGAGAACGGCGGGGGAUGUCCAUCCGGUCACUGAAACCGCACUGAUCUGGUCACCACGGGUGGAAGUGGUGUUUUGGGGGCCGUGUACCGCCGCGCAGCAAGAGAUACUACUUCCGGUGUCGUCACUGAUCGGGGAGGAAUGACGUCACGGGUCAGAGAAGUGUGACGUCACCGCCGCAGGGACUGCGGGGAAGCAGAGCCGGUCAGCAGGACCCGCCGCACUUCCAGAGCGAUGGGGUCUCUGGUGGCUGUCCUCUCCGAGUGGACGUGGCGGCUGGUUGGACACUUCGUACGGGCUCUCCGCUGGACUUCUGCGCGGCUCUACGCAUGGCUGGGCCUCGGGAAGGCCGAUGAUGCGACGCUGGCAGAUGCCGAGGAGCGCGCCGAACUGCUGGCCUGGGUGAACCAGCAGCUGCCCGGUCAGCGCGUCACCAACUUCGGCGCCGACUGGACGGACGGCCAGCGGCUGGGCGCGCUGGUGCGGGCGCUGGCGCCGCGCGCUGUGCCGGCCGACCAGCGCGCCGCGGGCGGCCAGCAGCCGCUGCUGGCGGUCGGCGCCGCGCUGCGCAGCGCCCGACUGCUGCUCAAAGUGGACCCGACGCUGACCGUGAUGGAUAUAAUAUGGGCCACGGACGAGCAAAAGCUGAUAAAGUAUCUCCAGAAGCUUCGUGAGUCAGCCAAUCGCCUGAAGAAGCGCUUCACACUGGUCAAGACGCCGUCCUUCAUGGCUGCUGCCGAUCCUGAGCCUCACAUUGACCGCGGCGUUAGCUCUAGCAGAGGUGGCGGCGAGUGCACCGCCAGCGGGACGGGCCUGCUGAGAGCGGAGCGCGGCCGGGUCGCCGAGUUCAGCGUCUUCUUCCCGCGGACCAGCCAGCCAGACCUGCUGCUGGAGCUGCGCUCCGAGACCGGCGACUUCUUCACCCAGCGCGUGACGGAGCGGUCGCCGCCGCGGGUGGCGCUGGCCGACAGCCUGCGGACCGUGUCCGGCAUCGGCCUGCUGCGCACCAUCCCGGUGGGGUACCGGGUGACCGGCAAGGCCGUCAUGGUGUCGUACCGACCGCCCACCGAGGGCCAGCUGGAGGUGAGCGUCGUGUGGCGCGGACACCACGUCCCCGGCAGUCCCUUCACCCUGCUCGUCAAACCCGGCGAGCCGGACGGAGAGGAAGUAUCGCAGCCGGAGGUCAACAUCGUGCUGUCGCCUCCAGAAAGAGAUGCUGUGCCAGUGUCGAAGAAAGACGUCGCUGUACCCCUUGGAGCGACGCUUCGGCCCUUGCCGGUGCUGCGCGAGCUAUCACGAGAAGAUGACGGGGGUCCAAAAAAUAACGGUUUGCAUCAGACUGAAGGAGAGAAAGGCAUAAAUGGUUCAGUAAAAAGCGGUGAUGAAUCUUUGGAAGGCCAAAAAGUCAGCAGCAACCAAUCUGCAAACAGCUCAGACGACGGACGUCCGAGUAGAAGGAAUGACGCUCGGUCAGUGACACGUAAUGGAAUCGGACAGUUGACUAUCCCGAACAGGGAUGUCUUUCCAAAAGCAAAGUAUGCAUCUGAAGCUAGAGAGUCAGAUGAAAGGAGUGACAAAGCUGUCGACGACACAUCAGGAGUUGCUCCAAAACAAAGAGUGUGUGAGGUUAGCAGUGGCGAGGAUGCCGAACUUCAAGAUUUAGUCGAUGAUGGAUCUCAGUUUCGGGAAGAAUCAGAAGCAUCAAAGUCUGAAAAAGAUGAUCCCGGGUUACAGCUACAGCUAGAUCUCGAAAGGAAGUUUUCAAGAGCUUCUCAUGGGGACUUCGAAGAUGGCUCUUCUAAUGCCUCACAAGACUCAGCAGAUGAACAAAUCAAUGCGCAAUCAGCAUCAGUCAUUCGAAACAACACAGAAACAAAGAUAUACCCAGAGGAGGGUGGCAUCGAUGCCAGUGACCAGCAACACUCGCUGGGAAGUCGAGAUGACGAGCAAGACAUUGGCAUUGACAGUGUCAGCAACGACGGAUAUAAAGAUCUCAACCAUCUUAGUACUAACGAAACUGAAGCACUGAAACCAUUGGAGCAAAAAGAGGGCGAACAGAUGCCAAGAGAUACCACUUCAACCAGCCCAAACACAAACUCAGCUACCCAUAGUGAGGCAGAGACUUUUGAUGAGUGGGACAAAACGUCGAGCAAUGAGGAGGUACUGUCGACAGACAGAGAUGAUCCCGAGGUGGCUUUGGUUACCAGCGAUGAAGCGAAUGAAAUUGGCAACAAUUCGAUUAGCAGCCCGUUCCACAGGAUAGCCGAGGAGAAUCAACCAAAUGAAACUCAAUUACAAUCCAAGCGACAGCUGGAAUGCCAAUCAUCGGCGCCCAAGACGCUGCGAACAUUGACAGAGAAGGGCGCCUUUGACGAUCAAUCAGAUGAGUCAAUAUCGGCUGACAAAAACGUGACCCAGCCGAACCUUGUUCCUGCGACCCACGCCAUAACAUCGCGUGCAUGCAAGGAUGACAAAAAUGAGCCAAUCAGUUCUGUUGACUCCCAGUCUCGGUCUGCGCCAAUAUCGCCCUCGCAGACGUCUGCGGGCGCUACAUCCGUCACCGGCCUGCUAUCGCCGGGCCUGGUUUCCGGCGUGUUGUCCGAGUUUAUGGACGCCGGAGUGGCGCCGACCAGCGGCCGGAAUGAGCCCAUUGAUGACACAGACGCGGUCUCGCCACACGGUAAAUGGUCACCAGUACGGGAAGGCGUCGUACCCGAGUCGCGGCCAGCCGCAGCCGACCGCCGCCAGACGGCCACCGACCCAGUCACAGCGGGUCUCACGGAGGACGUGGGGGUGCAUCCAACCCCGGCCACAACAUACCAACAGGUGCUAGCUUCAGCUGACACUCAACAGGACCCGACUUCAGCAAAUCAAUUGCAAGAUCUAGGUACAACAGACCAGUUCCAAGACCCAACUGCAACAAACCCCCAGCAUGGCCUGGCUGCAAUGGGUCAGCAACAAGACCGGAUUACAGCAGACCCUCAACAGACCUUUGCUACAGGUGAGCACCAGGCUCUGGUAACAGCACAUCUUUUUAUGGGUUGUCAGGUCCUGACAACAACGGAUCCUCAAGAGGGCCACGCUAGAACAAACCUUCAACACAGACAGGCUACAGCAGACCCUGAGACAGACUUCGUCACAGUAGACUCACUUCAGAACGAAAACCUGAUUACUACAGACCCGCGACCGGAUCAGACUGAAAAGGUCCCAAAGCAAAACAGGGCAAAAACAAAUCAGUAUCAGGACCUGACUGCAACAGACGAUCACCAAAGCCCGGCUGUAACAGACCCUUGUAAGAACACGGCUGUUUCAGAUGCUCAGCAGCGUCCAGCUACCACAGACCCACGCCAUGCAUUUGAUUCAACGGACUCUCGACAGUAUUCAACGGAAACAGACCAACAACAGGGGACAGUUCAAACAGACCCUCGACAGGGGCCCGAGAAGGGACUGUUACCUAACUCGUCAGAUUAUGAUGAGCAGGGCACAUCUAGGAAGCAAUCCGUCGCCUCUGACACCACUGAAGGUAGUUUAGAUUCCACCGAAGUACCACCAUUCCUUCAGCCAGUAAUGGAGCAAACUUGCGGAGAAAAUGAAUCAUCUAGCGAACAUUUCACUUCGCCUGAGAACACUACAAGGGCUCCACUGGUAGCGUGUGAAUUCAGCUUGAACAGCGGGAGACCAGCGCCAGAUGUGAAGCACUCCGAAACCAUGGCACCCAGCUACGAGGUCCACUUUGCACGUGUGUCUGACGACAGCAGCAGCAGCGGCAGCAGCGUCGGCGAGGCCGAUGACACCCAGUCUGAGCGGUCCCAGGGCGGGGUCAGACUGCAGCGCUGGGGGCGCUUGUCCCCCAUUCGCAGCUCCGGUGAGGAGCGGCACGGCGGCGACAGCGGGUCGCCUUCCCCGGACCCGCCUCCCGAGAGUGCCGGCCCAGCUCACCUCUCCGGAGGCGCAGCGCCGAUUGGUGAUCUAUCACUGUCGCUCGCGACACCGACCUGGCUCUGCACUCGGCCACCACCCUCCGUGUCCAGAUCACUCUCACGGAAAGAGGAGCAGCUCCCACGCGACGGCGACAUGGCCAUCCAGGGACAGAUGGUGCCAGCUGACGUCGCGGAAAAUGUGGGCCCUUCUGAUAAAUCAUUACCAUUUGCAGAAUGCCUAAGCAUAGUGGAAGAUAAGGGAGAAGGUGACGCCAAAGUCGACUCUACGACACGGCAGAGCGCAGGUACAGAAAGUUCCGAACUUGGGUGCAAUUUAUCUUCUGCAACCAGCGACCUCUCAAGUACAAACUUCCCGGAGUUUGCCGAAGCUAGUUUGCCAGCUAAAACCACACACGGAAUAGAAAAUAACGAGACUGUACUCGAAGACAUUUAUCGACAUUCGGAUCCUAAUCAGGAUAAUGUGUCGCCCGAUUCACCACAAGGCACCGCGGACUGUGCUGCCGAUGAGAGCGACGGAGGAGUGAUAGAUGCUGCCUCUGACACCGUGGACAGGCACAAUCUGAUGACGAAUGGCAGUGACCUUACAGCCACGAAUAGUGCAUCGGCACCUGAUGAGUCUCGGUCCCUGUGCGGUGUGACUGAAGAUGACAUGACCAUAUUAGACGACCCUGAAACCGUUGACGAGGGGAGCGAUGCCCCCAAUCCAUUACCGACACCAGCCCUGGCCACUGGGGUGCAGCUGGGACAGGGGCGCGAACCGACACCGAUCGUCCCCGGCACGGCUCAACCGCCGCCCAGGUACAGCGACUUGUACGCCGACUUCGAGACUCCGCGCGAGUCCCGGUACCGACUGCACGCCGAGCAGAGCCGCUCCAAGGUGUACCUGGGACCGGUACUGGCCCGUGCGCGGCCGUCAGUGGUGACAGCGCAGACACUGGCCUGCGUGCUGAAUGAGCCCCCGCCGCCCCCGAUCGCCGCCGGCCCCACCGACAUAGCUCCGGUGGUCGGAUGUGAUGAUCGAUUGCUUACCGACAGCGGGCAAGCAGUAGGUGGUGGAGCCGCUGGAGAGGCAGCUCAGCCGUCAAGUACCCUGGAAAUGGUCUCAGUAUCACCCCCACCUACCCCACCGCCUUCCCCGCAGCCUGUGGGGAAAAUCGCACCAGAAGAGGUCCCGACAAAAACGCCGAGCACUGCUGAGCUGCUGGCGCCCGCUGAGGCUCUAAUGACCGCGCUGUCUAGCGACCCGGUCAUCGCCAAACGAGCUGUGUCACCGGAGCGUGCCGCUGGGUCGUUGGAGCGCAGCGGCGAUGGGGUCGGAGGUGGUAAUGUGACAGGAACGGCGGCAGUCGACAGUGGCAAAAAGCGAGAGGAGGGUGUACUGAACGAUGAAAUGGAGAACUUGGACGAUUCAGAAAACGAGGAGAAUUUGCGGAGACUUUUUCCCAGUUCCAAUCCUCCAGAGAAAUCGCAAGAACAUGAGGAGAUUGUUGAUAUUCAAGAGUGUAUACUACAGGAUUCUGCUUACCGCGACACUGGUGAUGAAUAUGCAUCCAAUGGAGUGACAACGGAAGCACAACCAGUGCAAAACUUCGACUCGGCUACUAAUGGGUUAGCCGGAAAGUUUUCCGGAAAAGAUUCUAUAGUCACUGACAUUUCAGCCUCGCAGUCGAGCGAAAACGAGACACAGACACGGCAGCUCCACAAUGCCAAUGCAGAUGUGCUCGAUAUAAACGAGAAUAAUAAUUUGACAGCAGACGGCAUUGCACUCCCCGAAGAAUUCUACCCAGACGUAGGUGCCACACAAAACAUAGGAAAAGCGACAGCAGAAAGAGGAGACAGAGGGAACAAAGCAGGAGAUCAACAGCCUAUGAACACCCAUGAGGAGCACCGGAAGAAAACGGCUACAGAUACUUUCACCGUGAGCUACCCUGCCACAAAUUCCCAGGGAACUGAGGCAGACACAAUUGAGAAAGAGGACAUUGUCGCGAGGCGAUUCUCGGAAUCGUCUACUGGCUCGGGCGUUUCGGCGGACACGGUAAGGGCCGUUUGCAGCAAGCGUCCUUCACGGACACUGUCCAGCUGCUCGCUGCGUUCGGGUGACGACAGCUCAGACGCCUUCGAAAGUCUUCCAGAUGACCCUUCUGAGCUGCACUUCUCCUGCGCCGAUAGCGAGGCCUUAUCCCUCAGAUGCUCCCUGUCCGUUGCCGACUCCGAGGAGCCAUGCUUCCUUUCUCAGGAGGAUACCAUUGAGACAUUUUGCACUUUUGAUGCACCAUACAGCCACGAAUCACCCAAACUUGGAGGGGAUGUCGACUCAGAACAUAUUUCAAGUGAAACUUCCGUGUCGCAAGAGCAACUAGCUGAGUUGAGAGGAAGCACAUCAUCGAUGACGGAUUCUCAGAGUUCAAGCAGCCACGAGUCUAAGAAGCCACUAGAUACCCAGAGGACCGGGAGGGAAAAGCACGGUAAGGUCGUGUCACGGAGGACCGUGUACUGGGUCCCAGGCACUCCACCACCGCCUCAGGAGGGCGGAGACGAGCCAGUGCUGCUGCACUUCAUCAGAAUUGAUCCAGAUGCGGUCACACCGCCACAGGAGACGCUGCAAGCUUCUGAGAAGCUAGGCAAUGAAGACGAGGCUAGAGCUCCCCACGAAACCAGCCUAGUUGAAGACUCUGAUGUCCAGGAUGUGACCAGUGAAGUUCAGCAGGAAGAAGGGACGGCUUUGUCCGAGAGCAUGAUAAACAGUUCAUCCUCCAGUGUCCUGUCACAGGAUGAAGUGGAAUCCCCUGAACCACAUGUCAUACAGGCGGACAAUGAGGUCGCCCCCGAUCCAAGGAUACUGGAAGCCCCCAGCUCGAGGACCCGAUUGCUGUCGAGUGGCACAUCUCCGGUUGGCCGCGUGGCCCGGGCCGUGCGCCGGCACUCCGAGUGUGACAGUGCCGACCUGCGGACCAGCAGCCGUCGCAUCUCGCCGACAAGCUUCAGCAUGGAGGAGGCCAAGAGGAUGCUGCUUGAUGGCGGCCGCACUCGAGUGAAGCGGCAAGUGGAGCCGAGUCUGGAGAUCAGGACGGAGGGACAUGUGGUGAGGAUGCGGGAGAUGUUCGAGAGGUUCAUCGAGCUGGAGCGGAGCGCCGGAGGCCGGCCGGCCGGUCUGCAGUCCAGCCGCAGUCUGGCCAGUCUGCCGGGGUCCGAGUCCUUCGGGGCGCCGUGGCCGCUGGACGGGGUCGGACGCAGUCACAGCACGGCGGCCCUGUGGCGGCCGGUGGAGAUCCACACUCUGGAGCAGCAGGCGCUCGGGAGCCGGGCCAUGUCCGAGCCUGCACACCAGCCUGAGGAGGAGGACCAGCCGGAGCGGCGGGGGGUCGGCCCGGCUCCGGAGGGCGUGGAGCGGCCGGUCACAGCGCCGCUGAGGGUGCGCGACUCCCCCCGCCGCAGCCUCUCCUGUUCGGUGGCAGAGCCGAUGGUCACUGGUCCAGCGGACAUCAAUCGGGCGCAGUUCGAGGCCAUCCUGCGCUACUUCGAGGGGCUGCGUGACGGCCGCAUCCUGGACGGCGCGCCGGCACCGGCUCCGGCCCGGGCGCCGCGCAGCCAGGCGGCUCUGGGCUGGCUGCGGCGGCGCUGGCCGUCCUCCGGAGCGCCGGGCGGCCGGUUCGACCUGCGGCGGGCCGGGCUGCGCCGCUCCCUGGGCGCCCUGCCGCCGCCGCUCAGCCCGCCCAUCGGCGAGGGCGACGACGACGGUCUUGCAGACGCUGAGAGCGUGGUCCUGGCGCCGGCGCCGGUCGAGGGGCCGCCGCUGACCGUGCCGCGGGUCAUGGCCGAGUACCCGUACCUGUCCAAGAGGAGGUCGCGGCCGCGUCUGGCGGCGCGCGGUCUGAUCCCGCACCAGGAGCUGGUCCGGCGCGCCCGGGAUAGAGUGGUGGCGUUCGGGCCGGGCCUCUUCCAUGGACACGUUGGCACCGACAACACAUUCCAGCUGUACGUUCCUGAGCCGCAGUGCGCGCCGCGCCGGGUGACCGUGCACCCCGCGUCGGCACCGUCGUCGGCAGCGACGCUGGCCGAGUGCGAGCUGCGCUACCUGGGCUACAUGUACCACGAAGUGCGGUACCGCGUCUGCGAGGCCGGCUGGUACCGCGUGCGCGUCACGCUGGGCGCCCACGCCGCCGAUGUGGACGUGCUGGUCCGCGUCACGUCACGGCACAGUGACGUGACGUUACGUCAGAGCUGGCCGCAGGGACGUCAGGAGAACGACCAGACCAGUCUUCAUUCGGAGUGACGAGCUGGUGUAAAUUGAGUGGCGUGCACGUGGGUGGCAUGUGUGGUCAUUUAAUGCGGGUCCGAUGAGAAUGGAAGGUAAUUGAUUAUCGCGAUGGAAAUACUCGGUGUGGCUUCGAUUGCUGCGGUGGCAGAAGCAUCAUUUUUUGCCGACGUGUUGGUUGGUAUACCCAUCGGCUUUUGUGCAGGCAAAUGUCGGACAUUUCUAUAUAGAUCCACAAUAUUUGAUGUGGUAUCCGUCGAACACAAUCGUGUAAUCCGAAUGUCAAUCAUCGACACAAUUGUGGCAUACAGAAUGUAGGUAGGUAUGCAGUAAUGUAGGGUAGGUACGUGGAAUGUUUUUCUCACCGUACUUAGUGACCAAGACGUCAGAUACCGUCCAAAUAUCGUGUGUGCGAUGCUCAAUGGUGCCGUAUAGGUAAGUGAAUAACCGUUCAUGAUUUAUUUUAGUGUUAUAGUGCUGUUUGUGUGCUCGUUUUAUCUAAACAUACAUCAGCCGUCGGGCAAGCAAAUAUGUGAUUCAUUGGUGACUACUUUAACGUAACUUGUUUAUACACAUAAUCAGAAACAUGAUGUAAUCAUGUUUGUAAUGUAAUACAACGUAAUUUAAUUGGUGUACCUAUGUGUUACCGUCGAAAUGUUGAAGUCGGCUGAUCCAUUUGAAUAUGACGCAUCAUGUAAGCGGAUCAUCUCCUAUAUACUCAAGUCAUAAUUUUUAUAUAUGUUCCAAGAGAAGUUCGUUGAUGUGUGCCAAUGUUAAUGUGUUAUACGCGAGCAAUUGCAGUUUACACUUGGUCAAAGCUGAUGAAUGGAUGUUUGUGCCAUAAUAUAUGUUUUCAGAGAGGA